AUGUUUUCGGCAACAAAAGAUUUCAUGAACAAAGAAGCACCUCCAAAUUAUGUUGCAGGCUUGGGUAGAGGUGCAACUGGUUUUACCACACGUUCAGAUAUAGGGCCUGCCAGAGAAGGACCUACUGAUUUCAGAUUCCAAGAUCCCGAUAAUGAAACAGGUCUUUUUGCUUCUGCACCAUAUGAAGAAGAUGACGAAGAAGCAGAUAAGAUUUACGAAGCAAUUGAUUUGAAAAUGGAUGAGCGUAGAAAAGCUAGAAGAGAAGCUCGUGAAAAACAAGAAUUGGAAAAAUAUCGUGCAGAAAGACCAAAAAUUCAACAACAAUUUGCUGAUUUAAAAAGAGGCCUUGCUGCUGUUACAGAUGUUGAAUGGGCAAAUUUACCAGAAGUUGGUGAUCUUGUUGGAAAAAAUCGUAAAAAAACUAAUUUAAGAGAAAGAUAUUAUGCUGUCCCAGAUUCACUGUUGGAAAAAUCUAGAGAAGAUAAUCAAUAUAUUACCACUUUGGACGCUCAACAACAAAAAUUUGGCGGUUUCCAAACACCUGCACCAGAUUCUGGAAUGAUGACUAAUUUUAUCGAGAUUGGACAAGCAAGAGAUAAAGUUCUAAGUUUGAAAUUGGAUCAAAUUUCAGAUUCUGUUAGUGGUCAGACUACUGUUGAUCCAAAAGGCUAUUUAACAGAUUUAAAUAGUGUAGUUAUUAAAAGUGAUGCUGAAAUAGGUGAUAUCAAGAAGGCUCGGCUUUUAUUGAAUUCGGUAAUUUCAACAAAUCCAAAACACGCGCCUGGUUGGAUUGCAGCAGCACGUUUAGAAGAAGUUGCUGGUAAAUUAUCACAAGCUAGAACUAUAAUCGCUAAAGGCUGUGAAGAAUGUCCUAAAAAUGAGGACGUAUGGUUGGAAGCAGCUCGCUUGAACAAUGCUGAUACUGCUAGAACUAUAUUAGCAAAUGCUGUUAGGCAUCUUCCACAAUCAGUUAAAAUUUGGUUGCAAGCUGUAAAAUUAGAAACUGUUCCUAAAAAUCAAAAACAAGUUCUUAGGAGGGCGUUAGAAUUUGUACCCAAUUCUGUGAAACUUUGGAAAGCCGCUGUCAAUAUGGAAGAAGACCCAGCUGAUGCUUGUAUAUUGUUGGGUCGUGCAACUGAAUUGGUUCCUCUUUCUGUUGAUUUGUGGUUGGCGCUUGCAAGACUUGAGAGUUAUGAAAAUGCCAAAAAAGUCCUUAAUCGUGCUCGUACUUUUAUACCCACAUCCCAUGAAAUAUGGAUAGCAGCAGCUCGCCUUGAAGAACAACAAGGAAACGAAAAAAUGACAGACAAAAUCAUUGCUCGUGCAGUAACUGUCCUAUCAGAAAAGGGUACUGUUUUAGGUAGAGAGCAAUGGUUACAAGAGGCUGAAAAAUGUGAAAAAGAGGGUAGCAUUGGAACUUGCCAAGCCAUGGUAAGAAAUACUAUUGGUAUGGGAAUUGAACAACAAGACAAAAAAGCUAUUUGGAUGGAAGAUGCUGAAAGUUGUGUGUCACAUGGCUCAAUUGAAACCGCUAGAGCUAUAUAUGCUCAAGCGUUAAAAACUUUCCCUGGUAAAAAAUCAAUCUGGAGAAGAGCUGCCUUUCUUGAAAAGUCGCAUGGCACAAGAGAAUCCUUGGAAGAAUUACUUCAACGUGCUGUAAGAUUUUGUCCACAAGCUGAGGUCCUUUGGUUAAUGGGAGCUAAAGAGAAAUGGUUAUCUGGUGAUGUUAAUGGUGCAAGAUAUAUUUUAACUGAGGCUUUCAAAGCCAACUCAAAUAGCGAACAAAUAUGGCUAGCUGCUGUGAAACUAGAAGCUGAAAAUGGAGAAUAUGAACGUGCAAGAGUUUUGUUACAAAGAGCUAGAGAACAAGCAGGCACAGAAAAAGUAUGGAUGAAAUCCAUUGUGUUGGAACGUCAACUUAAUAAGAUAACAGAAGCUUUGUCUAUGUUGGAUGAAGCUUUACAAAAGUUCCCUACUUUUGAUAAACUUUGGAUGAUCAAAGGACAAAUCGAAGACGAAAAUGGUGACAUACAAACAGCAAGGGCGACCUACUUAAGAGCUGUAAAAAAUUGUCCAAAAUCGGUCACUUUGUGGAUUUUGGCUUCACGUUUAGAAGAAAAGGCAGGAAUAUUAAUAAAAGCUAGGGCUACUCUAGAAAGAGGCCGCUUAUUAAAUCCAAAAAUACCUGAAUUAUGGUGCGAAUCUAUUCGAGUUGAAUUAAGAGGUAACAACGUUAAUAUGGCAAAGGCCCUAUUGUCAAAAGCUUUACAAGAAUGUCCAAACUCAGGUUUAUUGUGGUCAGAGGCAAUCUUUAUGGAACCUCGACCACAACGUAGAACCAAAUCAGUAGAUGCCUUAAAAAAAUGCGAUAACGAUCCAAUAGUAAUUACCACAGUGGCACGACUAUUUUGGUUAGAGCGUAAAGUCGAUAAAGCACGUACAUGGUUUGAAAAGGUCGUAAAAGUGGAUCCUGAUUGUGGUGAUUCAUGGGGUUGGUUCUAUAAGUUUGAAUGUCAACAUGGAACAGAGAAACUACAAGAAGACGUGAUAUCACGAUGUGUUGCUGCUGAACCUCACCAUGGUGAAUAUUGGCAAUCAGUUGCAAAAGAUAUGAAAAAUGUUGGCAAAAAUACGGAAGAGAUUUUAAAAAUUGUUGCUAAUGUUCUUCCAUAA